AUGGCUUACAUAUGGCGCAGCUUAAGCAUGGUGAAAUGGAUGAUUUUAGCAUCGUUUUUAAUACCUUGUCUAGCUUUACCAGAACGAGGAAUCUUUAAUUUAAAGAUUAAUCAGGCUAAGAAUAUCCUCAUCCAGCAGAAAUCGUUAUAUGCCAAUGCUUCCAUUAGUAUUCAUAUCACUGAUUGCAAAUCGACACCUUCAGAAGCAAAACUCCGGUUUUCAUGGUCUUUACUAGAACGUUCAUGUCUCAAUGAUAUGCAAGGAGUACAAUCGCAAAUGGAUGUUAAGCGAUUAAUGGGAAAUGUACCUUUGAAUCCAAGAAUCCAUGCCUCUGAAGUACACAAGUGUAAAGAUGAUAUCUCACUAACCAACCAUGCACUCAGCAAAGCGCCUACAAUUGCUCCGCCCGCAACGCAUGCUACAGUGGAUGGUAAAAAUGACAGUACAACGCCGACAACUAAUAACGGAAGUAGAUCUGCUCGAGCUGUUAAUAACGAACGUACGAAUACCAAUGAUAGCAAUCCAGCUGAACCAACUAAGGCAAGUUUCCAAGUAGCGAAAACAAUCAACGAAAGCGUUUAUAUAGUGGUAAUUGAAAUUACGCCAUUUGUAAGCGCAAUAUCCAAGCCUGUCCCUAAUUCGAAUGUUACUUUUAAUGUAGGAGGUAUGGUUGAAAAAGCCGUUUUCUACUCUGUUUACAAUUUUACUAAUGGAUCUGGUCAAGCAAGAUUUCUGCAGGAUUGGAGAGAUUUAUGGUUAGAUGAAGCUUUCUGGCAUGUUCUGUUUUCUUGUAUCUUAUUAGUGAUUAUGGUCUUAUGGCGACCAACGCAAAAUAAUUCGAGAUAUGCAUUUUCUCCUCUGACCGAUCUCGACGAAGAUGAUGAGGCCGGAACUGCUUUAUCAGAAGCUUUCGGAGGACGAUUUGAAGUGGGUCGAGCAAAAUAUACCAACUUCCGUUGGAGAUGCUGGGCUGCCAAGUUUACUAGACUCGGAUGA